AUGUCGUCUUCACAAUAUUUGAUACCAAAAGACCCACCUUCUUAUGAAUCUAUUUAUCAUACACUGCCACCGCAAACUUCUUUAGAGACACAAGAAAGUCGGCUAUCAAAAGCUACUGCUGUGUUUGUAGCAGCAACAGUAUCAGCCACUGUCAUGUUGUUACUAUGGCAACUUCAAAACCUAGCAUCACCUCCAGAGGUAGAUGAUCCUUGGCUUGACUUGGAAUUUGCUACAUCUUAA